AUGGAAGGUCCCGAGGGGCAGGAACUGCAAAAUCUGGGGAACGGAGCCUGGGAUAACCCUGCCUACAGUGGUCCCCCUUCUCCACAUGGCACACUGAGGAUCUGCACCAUCUCCCAUGCGGUGCCCCCUCAGCCCCAACCCAAGAAGUCUGAAGAUGGACCCCAGGAGAAGGCACACAGGACCCUGGUGUCCAGCUGCUGCCUCUAUAUCUGUCGAGGCAUCAGAGGACUCUGGGGAACAAACCUGACUGAGAACACAGCCGAGAACCGGGAACUUUACAUCAAGACCACCCUGCGGGAGCUUUUGGUAUAUAUUGUGUUCCUGGUGGACAUCUGUCUAUGUGGCCAGUUAGCCUCACACUGGGGAGUAUUGAUGAGGAUUUCACCAUUUCACAGGGAAACUCAUUCCACUGUUGGGAAGCUCUACUUAUUUCCUUCAGUCAACAGGCACCUGGGGAGCCCCCUCUUCUGUUGCAAACAUUGGACCGAAGGAUACGGAGUGACUUACGGAAUGACAAGCUCCAGUGCCUAUUACUACACCAAAGUGAUGUCUGAGCUCUUCUUACAUACUCCGUCAGACACCGGUGUCUCCUUCCAGACCAUCAGCAGUAUGGCGGACUUCUGGGAUUUUGCCCAGGGACCACUCUUGGACAGUUUGUAUUGGACCAAAUGGUACAACAACCAGAGCCUGGGCAGAGGCUCCCACUCCUUCAUCUACUACGAGAACCUGCUGCUGGGGGUUCCGAGGCUGCGGCAGCUAAGGGUCCGCAAUGACUCCUGUGUGGUGCAUGAGGACUUCCGCGAGGACAUUUUGAGCUGCUAUGAUGUCUACUCUCUGGAUAAGGAAGAUCAGCUCCCCUUUGGACCCCUCAAUGGCACAGCGUGGACAUACCACUCACAGGAUGAGCUAGGAGGCUCCUCCCACUGGGGCCGGCUCACAAGCUACAGUGGAGGUGGGUACUACCUGGACCUCCUGGGAUCUCGACAGGCUAGUGCAGAAACACUCCGGGACCUACAAGAGGGGCUGUGGCUGGACCGGGGCACUCGAGUAGUCUUCAUCGACUUCUCAGUCUACAAUGCCAACAUCAAUCUUUUCUGUGUUUUGAGGCUAGUGGUGGAGUUUCCAGCUACAGGAGGUGCCAUCCCAUCCUGGCAGAUUCGAACAGUGAAGCUGAUCCGCUAUGUCAGCAACUGGGACUUCUUUAUCGUUGGCUGCGAGAUUGUCUUCUGUGUCUUCAUCUUCUACUAUAUGGUGGAGGAGAUCUUGGAGCUCCACAUCCACCGGCUUCACUACCUCAGCAGCAUCUGGAACAUCCUAGACCUGGUUGUCGUCUUGCUCUCCAUUGUGGCUAUGGGUUUCCACAUAUUUCGAACCCUCGAGGUGAAUCGGCUGCUGGGGAAGCUCCUGCAGCAGCCAAACACAUACGCGGACUUCGAGUUCCUCGCCUUCUGGCAGACACAGUAUAACAACAUGAAUGCUGUCAACCUCUUCUUUGCCUGGAUCAAGAUAUUCAAGUAUAUCAGCUUCAACAAAACCAUGACUCAGCUCUCCUCCACACUGGCCCGCUGUGCCAAGGACAUCCUGGGCUUCGCCAUCAUGUUCUUCAUUGUUUUUUUCGCCUAUGCUCAACUCGGCUACCUACUUUUUGGAACCCAAGUGGAAAACUUUAGCACAUUCAUCAAGUGCAUUUUUACUCAGUUCCGGAUCAUCCUUGGGGACUUUGACUACAAUGCUAUCGACAAUGCCAACCGCAUCCUGGGUCCUGCCUACUUUGUUACCUACAUCUUCUUCGUCUUCUUUGUGCUCCUGAACAUGUUCCUGGCCAUCAUCAACGACACCUAUUCAGAGGUCAAGGAGGAGUUGGCUGGACAGAAGGAUGAGCUGCAGCUUUCUGACCUUCUGAAACAGGGCUACAAUAAGACCCUACUGAGAAUGCGUCUGAGGAAGGAGCGGGUUUCAGAUAUGCAGAAGGUCCUGCAAGGUGGGGAGCAGGAAACCCAGUUCGAGGAUUUCACCAACACCUUUCGGGAGUUUGACCGUGACGGGAAUCGCAUCCUGGAUGAGGAGGAACAGGCACAAAUGCAACAGGAUCUGGAGGAGGAGAGGGUAGCCGUCAGCGCUGAGAUUGAGAAUUUGGGCCAGUCCAUUGUGAGAAGCCCACCAGGAAAGUCGGACUCAGAGGCUGCCAGAGCAGGUUGCUGGGUUUCAGGAGAAGAAUUCCACACGCUGAAAAGGAGGGUUCUGCAGCUGGAGACUGUCCUAGAAGGAAUCGCGUCCCAGGUUGAUGCUGUGAGUUCAAAGCUGAAGAUGCUAGAGAGGAAGGGGCAGAUGGCUCUCUCCCCAGGCCUGGAGGAACAAGCCAUUUGGGAGCACCUGCAGCCAGGCCCAGCUGUGACCCCAGCUCCCUAG